UGAGGCUAUCCGUGCCAGAAGGUCUUAACCCUCGAAAAAUGAGAUUCGAGAUAACGGUUGCCCGGGAAAGAGGAGGGGUGUAAAAGUCUUAUGCCACGUGGGGCCAAGCCAAAUGCGACCAUUCAGGCACCUAGAACAGGGUUCAAAGUCGUGUGAAAACACGCAGAAAAAGGUAGCGAGAUGGGUGGGAUUCCCGAGCCAUAUGGGUGUAUCUCACACGUGUUGUCAGCCGGCAGCCAGCCGUGCCGCUCCCAAUGAGGAGCGAGUAUUCGCGUGACGUCAUGGCCACCGCGCGCCUCAGCCAAUGGAAGCGGGUUUCCCUUCUCUCGCUCUCUAUCUCUCCUGCUCUCCAUGCUGUCUGUCAAUCAUCACUCUCCAUAGCAACCCUACGCUGCUCUGUUUUUCGCUGCUACCAUGGCUUCUGCUGGCGGAUCUUCAUCUUCCCGUGGUGACAACGAGCCUCGAGGACGUCCUGACGGCCCCCAGAAGAAGAGGAAGGCGCAGAAGGAGACGUGGAAGAAGAAUGUGCUGAAGAACAAGCGUGUGAGUGGAGAGGAGUACGUGAGCCGGGCAACCAACAAAGUUGUCCCUGCACGUCGUGUAGGGGAGCCCUGCACCUGCCCUAAGGCUUGCUUUGUGCUGCUGGGUGAGGAAGCUGUCCAGCAGAUCUUCACCCACUACUGGAGGAUCGCCGACCACGAUGCCCAGACUGCUUACCUCUCCAAGAUGGUCACAUCCAAGCCGACGAGCAGCCCCCAAGCCGGCAACAGCAGGAGGAAGUUUACCCGCGAGUAUACUGUGUUGGCAGAUGGCACGAGGACGGUGGUGUGCAAGAAGGCGUUUCUCAGCAUUCACAACAUCUGCGAGAAGCGUGUCUCUUACAUGCUGAAGAUGAUGGGAGAAACUGGUGUGGCUCCUGUCGAUCGUCGUGGCAAGAAGACACCGCACAAGACUCCUGACGACGUGAUGCAGCUUGUUGACGAGCACAUCCUGUCUCUCCCUACUUGCACGUCCCACUACUCCCGUGCCAAGAGCCGCAACAAGGUCUACCUUCCUCCUGGCUACUCUCACUCCCGCUGCUACGACCGGUUCAAGGCUUGGUGUGACCAGAAGGGUGUUCCUGACGACAAGCAGAUUGCCUUGGACGGCUACAGUAGGCGUUUUGCCACCUUCAACAUCGGUGCCAACCCUCCUACGGUGGACAGCUGCAGUUGGUGUGACAAGAACGACGCUGAGCUUGCUGUGGCCAUGGUGAACCAGGACGAGUACCUGCAGAGGAAGUUGCGUCACGCCAGGGCCCUGCACGACGCGAAGUCUAACGUGGCGCAGUCCAUCAUGAAGAUCUUCGAGGGUGACGUGAAUGAGGACAGGUUCGCCCUCGCUAUGGAUCUACAGCAAACCCUUGCUACACCUCGGCUGGCCACCAACGUAGCCUUCUACAAACGUAAGAUGUGGACGUACGACUUCUGCGUCCAUGACCUCACCAGCAAGAUCACUCCUGCCCUGUACGUAUGGAACGAAACCGUGGCAAAGAGGGGGUCGUGUGAGAUCGGGAGCUGCCUGAUUCACUACAUCGAGACCGUCAUCCCUGAGUACAUCAAGCACCUUGUCAUCUUUAGCGACAACUGUGGAGGGCAGAACAAGAACCUCAACUUGUGUCUGCUCUUCCUACGCUUCGUGCACAGUGGACGGUUUCACACGAUCAAGCACUUCUUCCUCAUGCCCGGCCACUCCAAGAUGUCCUGCGACCGCGACUUUGGCAACCUGGAGAAUUACUUCAAAGGACGGGACAUCUACACCACGGAUCACUACGUGCAGCUGAUGUCAGAAGCGAGGCAGGGGCGCCCCUUCAAUGUGGUGAAGAUGUCUAGCGAGCAGUUCCUCGACCUUCAGCCACUGCAGUCCAAGCUGACGAAGACCCAGGUUGCCAAGGCCAAGUUCAAGGAAGGUCGCAUGUUCAAGUUCAGCGCGGAGUUCAAGCAGGGGAUGGCCAUCUGGCAGAGUUACAACGAUGAGAUAGAAACCCCAACGCAAGUCAGGCUGCAGAAGGGGAGACGGGAGACGUACGAUCCCGCCACCUUCGACCUCACCUCUGUCAGCUUGCCUGUGAAGUACCCCGAGGGAGUGCAGCUGAGUCUGGAGAAGUUGGCAGAUCUCAACCACCUGCUAGCCUUCGUUCCCCUCGGGUACAAGCAGUGGUUCAUUGACCUCUUCGCUGCUCAAGGCCUGCUUGCUGCUGCUUGCGUAGAAGAUCUUGACGACCCUGACGACCCGGAACGGCUUGAAGACGAUCUCCUCGACUACUGAAGGAAGACGACGAAAGUGUCACAGUUCUGCUGUGACCACCAACCGUGAGUAUCUUAAUAAAUCUCUCAGCAACCCUACUUAUUGGGUUGAAGGGGGAUUUAUUAGGUUGGUAAAUCUGCUAAGGGCAUUGUUAAGAUCAUAAAAGCCUUGAUCUGAUAAUGAACUUAACUGUCUCAAGCCAGUGUAAAGGAUGAGAGCCAACAUAAUUUUUUUAUGUUCAUAAAAACUGCAUAAACAGUGCAUAAAAUGCCUUAGUACACGAUCCUGAACAAUAGUAGAAAAUGAAACAUAGAUGAAAGCAUAAUAAAAGGCGCGCGAUGAAUAAAUUCUUUAUUUUGCGGGGGAAAAAUAUUCAUAAAAAAUCAAGUUCUCCACCUUUCAUCAUGAUUUCUUCACACAUUCUUAUUUUCACCAUAAUAUCCUAAAAUAACAUGUUACACACCAUUUCCAUUGGGGAAAAAUUACCGCUACGGACAUAGGCUAGAAUAAACUCGGAAAAUGGGUGUGAUUUUUUCGGAUUUACUCUUGACAACCAUCAUAACUAAACAGAACUACUCGAGAGCUUUCAUUUGAUAUAUAAUAUAUAUAUAUUCUGACCGAUUUCAUGCUCGUUUUCAGUGUUUAACUUUGAGGGGGGUUUGCUCAAAACUAAUAUUUUAGGGUUAAGACCUUCUGGCACGGAUAGCCUCAUAUAUA